AUGGUAGUUCUACGUUUCAUUAGUUGUCGGUUUUUGUCAACUUCGGUUAGAGCAGCCCAGAAAACAGCUCCAAAAGUGGUUUCUUCUUGUCCAGCUGGAACUGUAAUAAAUGUACAAGUCAAAAAAUCUGGUCCUGAGAUAAUUGCUCAAGAAGACUCAGCAUAUCCUGAAUGGUUAUGGACUGUUCUAGAUAAGAAAGCCCAAGCAGAGAAGCUUGCGGCUGACCCUCUCAAGAUGCGCAGAAAGGAACUAAGGAAACAGAAUAGAGAGAAAAUAAAACAGCAGAACUUCUUGGGUAAGAUGAAAUAA